GUUAUGUUUAUUGUUCUGUAAGCAUUAAAUUAAUUUGUCUAUAAUUUUUUAUAUUUUGGUGAAAACAAUUAAAUUUGAAAUAUGAGUAACAUAUAUAUUCAAGAACCUCCAACACUUGGAAAGGUUCUUCUAAAAACUACUGUUGGUGAUAUAGACGUAGAACUUUGGUCUAGGGAAUGUCCAAAAGCUUGUCGUAAUUUUAUACAACUAUGCAUGGAGAAUUAUUACAAUGGGACAAUUUUCCACAGAGUUGUCAAAGGAUUUAUUGUUCAAGGUGGAGACCCAAAUGGUGAUGGCACUGGUGGUGAGUCAGUUUAUGGUGUUCCUUUUAAAGAUGAAUUUCAUUCCCGACUUCGAUUUAUCCGUAGAGGAUUGGUUGGUAUGGCAAAUUCUGAUAAAGAUGAUAACGGUUCUCAAUUCUUUUUUACUAUGGGUCCUGCACCUGAGUUGACUAACAAGCACACUCUUUUUGGAAAAGUUACUGGAGAUACGGUAUUCAAUAUGCUAAAACUUGAAGAUGGAAUGGUGGAUCAUAACGAAAGGCCGAUGUAUCCUAACAAAAUCCUUAAAACAGAAAUCCUGAAUAAUCCUUUCAACGACAUUGAACCCAGAGAAAAUAUGGUGAGGAAGGAGGAAAAAAAAAAGAAAUCCAAAGACAAGGGCGUAAAAAAUUUCGGACUGCUUUCUUUUGGUGAAGAAGCAGAUCAAGAUGAGCAAGAGACUGCUUCUUUUGUACAAAAAUUAUCAGGUAAGGGGAAAUCUACACACGAUGUUCUUAACGAUCCAACACUCAGUAAAAAAUCAGUUCAAGUUGUAGAAGAUCAUGAAAAUGAUCAAGGAGAACUAUCUGAUAUUGAAGAAUUUGAAGACCGAGAUAAUCUUGACAGUAAAGAAAGAACAGAGAGGGUUAAAAAUAGGCUUAAUAUGCUUGUAACAGCUAACAAAGAAAAACAACAUAAAAAAGUUAAUAUUGAAAAACAAAUGAUUAAAGAUUCUGAUUCAGAUGAUGAUGUAUUAAUGCCGCUAGAGGAAGAAAUGAAAAACAAAAUGAAGAAAAAAAAACAAGAAAUCAUGGAUGAAAUUCUCUUAUUAAAAAAAAAUUAUCAGAAGGAAAAAGAUCAAAGAAAGUUUUUGCGUGAAAAGGAAUUGGAAAAUGAUUCUAAAAGAAAAAAAGUGGAUGAAAUAUUUCGGGAAUACAAUUCGGAAAGAGAAAAGUAUUCUAAUCUUAAAGAAAAGUUACCGAAAAAAGGAGCUACAAGAGAAAAUUUUACUUUAGAAUUACUUUCAAAGUUCAAAAAUAAAUUACAAAAUCAUAAAAACAGUUCAAUAAAUUCUGUUCCAACAAAGGAAUUAAGUGAGGAUAUCAUAGAAAAGGAGAUUGAAAGUGAUGAUUGGCUUGGACAUACAUUAAAGUUUGAAGAUAAUAUUCCUGUUUUGGCAAAAGAUGCCUCAACAAAAUCAGACGAUUGGUAUGAUGUCUACGACCCAAGAAACCCAUUAAAUAAGCGAAAAAGAGGUGAAGAUAAAAGAGAUACAAAAAAAAAUAAACGCUAGUAAAAAUAUAGAACCUUGGGGUUUUACCAAUAAAACAGGGAAGUAAUAUUUUUUUUUGGUAAUAGUUACAAAAUUAGUUUUAUUUCAAAAAAACAAGAGAGGUAAAAAGAAACUUAAUGAAACCCUAAAAAUAAGACUUAAUUUCAAAUUGUACUUGAUAACUUAGUUGUUUUUUUGAAAAUACUUUUUCUUUUCUUCUGGAUUUGGAAUGAUCUAAAAAUAAAUAAAAAAUUAGUAUAUGCCAAAAUCAAA